GAAACGUUGAAGUGCUAUUCAAAACGUCAAUAACAUAACCUAUAAAUAUUCCAUACAUUGACAUUACGUGCAGGCCGGCCUAUCAUAUUAUAGUUAUGUUAUGUUCUUAAAGAUGGUGUUAAACUGACUUACCGGAUUGUGUGAACCUAACCAGUGUUUUUUUUAAUUGAACUGCUGUGUACUUUUAGAUAGAAUAGGUUCCUGAAACUUUUAUCUUAUAAACCUGUUGCUGAACUUUUACCAUCACGUGUGCGAUUACCUUAAUAUUAUUUAUUUAUAAUUAAAAAUCAAAAAAUGGAUUCUCCAGUAUCUGCCUUUGCUAUGUAUAAAGCGAAUACUUCUUCAAAUAAAGCAAAGAAACAAAAGAAAAGAAACAAAUCCGGGACGCAAGUGCAACCAAUUUCUCCAAAACCAUUGCCACCACAUUUAACUAAUGAGAAAAGCCAGAUUGAGCUCGCACAAAAGCUUAAAAAGAAGCACAAGAAAUCCAAAGAGCUUAAAAACAUCACAAAAAAGAAACUGCAUAAGAAGAAGAAAUCAAAAUUCGGAGAUGAUAAAAAACAAAUCUCUAAAGUAAAGAAAGACGUAUUGAGCCAAAGCAGUGCUCCAAGUGACCAGGAUGAUGAACCGCCCUUACUUCUUAUGAGGCCAGUCUCUGAUGUAAAAUCUAAACCUGAAGAAAAUACCUCAGGUGAUGUGGUUGAUGAUUCACGUGACUGUGAAUGUGAAGGUGAAGAAUUUACACCUGUACAGACAGACAGUGUGGAAGAAGGACUCAAAGUAUUCCAGUGGAUGAUUGCACCCUACGACACUGAUGAAUUUUUCAACAAUAUUUGGGAGAAAAAGCCAUUACAUAUAGCCAGAGGAAAAUCCAAUUACUACAAAGACAUAUUGACCACACCAGCUAUUGAUGACAUGCUGCGCAAUGAAAACAUACAGUUUACUAAAAAUAUAGAUAUUACUUCAUAUGUUGAUGGUAAAAGAGAGACACACAAUCCAGACGGAAGGGCUCACCCACAUAUAGUGUGGGACUUCUACCUAAAUGGAUGUAGUGUUAGAUUACUGAACCCACAAACUUAUAUCCCAAAAUUACAUUUGAUUAAUGCAACUAUGCAGGAAUUCUUCAAUUCCUUUGUUGGAGCCAAUGCCUACCUUACACCACCUGAUAGCCAAGGGUUCGCACCACAUUAUGAUGAUAUAGAAGCAUUCAUAUUACAAACAGAAGGUAAGAAACAUUGGAAAAUUUACAAACCAUUAAAUGAAAACGAAGUACUUCCUCGUGUUUCUUCCAAAAAUUAUGAUCAAGAAGAAAUAGGUGAACCAAUAAUGGAAGUAACAUUAGAAGCAGGUGACAUGCUGUACUUCCCCCGUGGAUACAUCCACCAGGGGGUCACAAUAGAUGGUGAACAUUCUCUCCAUGUUACAAUCAGUAUGUAUCAGAAACAUUCUUGGGGAGAUUUGAUGGAGUUGAUAAUGCCAGCUGCACUACAGAUGGCGAUAAGUGAAAAUGUUGACCUGAGAAGAGGUCUUCCUUUUGACAUCUAUGAUCACUUUGGUCUAGUCCAUUCUGAUUCAAAAACACCUCGGAGACAAGAAAUAACUAAAUUGAUAAUGAGCAUUUUUGACAAAGUUAAGAAAUGCUUGCCAAUUGAUGAUGCAGUAGAUCAGAUGCAUAAGAAGUACCUGCAUGCUGCAUUACCACCUGUGCUGAGUGACCAAGAAACAUCAGUAACGGUAUUUGGAGAUUCUGAUAUGAUGGUAGAGAAUGGUGUUGUGACAAGGAGAGUGGAAAUUAGUCCUGACACAAAGAUAAGGUUGCUACGUAAGAAUAUUAUUAGAAUGGUAUCGGAAGAUAAAAUCAGAGUGUACUAUUAUGUUGAAAAUUCUUUAGAAUACCAUGGAAAUGACUUGCUUUACAUUGAAAUUGAAGAUGAAAUGGCUCCAGCAAUAGAAAUGUUGAUAACUGCAUAUCCAGAAUAUAUUACUGUGGAAAGUCUAGACUUGCCUUCUGAACCUGAGAAGCUUAGUUUAGCUGAUGCGCUGUGGAGUAGAGGAUUAAUUAUGACUGAAUAUCCAAUGGAAGAAGUAGAAGAUUAAAUAAAAUGUUGUAUUGAUUAUGUAUCUUUUGUUUUAUUUUCUUGUACUUAAACUGUGUAUUUAAAUGAUUCUAAAUGCGGGUCUAUUUAAAUGUUUUAAUAAUUAUUAAUUUUGACACCAAUUGUAUGUAAGAUAUCUAAUCCAUAGUCUAGUCAGUCUAAAUUUAUAAUUGUAAAUGCAAUAAAAC